AUGCGCGUUGGAUAUCAGCUCGCCCGUGCGACGUCUUCUUGCAGUGCUCCAGGAAACAUGCAACAAGUUCACAAACAGUGCCUCGCUUGUGGUGGACGACUGGGACAUCGUUCAUUGUUCGUACUGCUAGGCACGUCUACGGAGGCAACGGGCCCGCCGGACCCCUGCUCGUCGCUGUCGUGCGCCGAAGGCGAGGAGUGCGUGGUGUCUGGGGAGGGCGCGGCGUCGUGCCGCUGCCGCGAGAGCACGUGCUCGCCCGAGCUGGCGCCCGUCUGCGCCUCGGACGGCAAGACGUACUCCAACGAGUGCGCGCUGCGGCGAGAGGCCUGCCGCACGCACCGCGCCGUCCGCCUGCUGCACCACGGCGCCUGCAACCUCGACGUGUGCGACGGCUGGGAGUGCAGCCACUACGCCAUCUGCGAGAGCGACGGGCGCGGCGGCGCGCACUGCGCAUGCGUCGAGGAGUGCGCCGACACGGAGAGUCCAGUGUGCGGCUCGGACGGUGUCACCUACAAGAACAUCUGUGAGUUGCAGAAGUACUCGUGCCUGGAAGAGACGGCGAUCUCUGUUGUGAAGGAACAGCCUUGUGAUGACUGCGAGGGUGACCUGUGCUCCGCGCAGUGUGAGCAGGCGUGCCCCGUGCCCGGCCCGGAGGACGCGGUGUGCUGGUCCGGACGUACCUACCCCAGCUCCUGCCACGCGCGCCGCGACGCCUGCCUUGCGGGCGUCGACGUCAGCGCCGUCACCGCCGGCGCCUGUCCUGACACCAGCAGCAGUGCAGGCCUCCAAGUUACGACCGGGGGCACGGUGUCGCCUUCGGAGGAGGGCGAGUGGCCGUACCCGGAGGCGACGUGCGAGGAGACGACGUGCGAGCUGGGCGCGACGUGCGAGCAGCCGGCGGGCGGCGGGCCCGCGGUGUGCGCCUGCCGCUUCGACUGCGCCGCGGCGCCGCGCGACGGCCCGCUCUGCGCCUCCGACCUGCGCGUCUACCCCUCGACGUGCGCGCUGCGCGCCGAGGCGUGCCACGCGCGCCGCGAGCUGCGCCUGCGGCCCAUGGAACUCUGCCAAGGUCUGUCCCUGCCCGCCGGCUACUCUGCGGUGCGCGUCCCCCGCCCGCACUCGCCGCCACACGGGCUGAAGGUGCGGCCGUGCGGCGGGGAGCCCCCGCUGGUGCACCCCGGCACGGGCCGGCAGUACGACUGCGGCAGCGGGCCGGCGCGCCAGGACUGCCCUGCGGGCAGCUACUGCCACCAGACCGCGCACUUCGCCCGCUGCUGCAUCAAAACCGACAAGGCCUUGUCCGAGAUCGCGCCCUCGUGCGAAACGUCUACGUACGGAUGCUGCCCAGAUGGGAAGACGCCGGCUGGUGGCCCUGCUUACGCCGAAUGUCCGUCUUUCUGCGGCUGCAACAAACUCGGCGCACUUUCUGACUCCUGCGACCCACUAACCAAGCAGUGCAUCUGCAAACCAGGUGUCGGAGGCCUGAAGUGCGAUCGCUGUGAAUCGGGCUACUGGGGCCUUCCAAAGAUAACGGAAGGCUACAACGGAUGUACCCCAUGUGAUUGCUCUGUCUACGGCUCUGUAAGAGAAGACUGUGAACAAAUGACGGGUCGUUGCAUGUGUAAAGCUGGUGUGCAGGGACAGAAGUGUACCAUCUGCACGGGACUUAAUAUGAUUCUCAGCCCCUCAGGCUGUACUGAAGCAGAUGAUGUGAUGGACAACUUUGAGAAUUUGAAGUCAGGAAAACGAGCUGUAAUGGACAUAUUGCAGAUGAUAAGGGGACAAGCCUGAAUUCCAUGUAUUCCAUUUAGAGAAAUAUAAUUAAAAAGAGAGGCUGGUUGCAAAGACAGAAUUUCAUUGGACAGCAACUGGGAAACUUGCAGUGCAGUUUAGAAGUUUUUGGUGAAUCAGUUGUUGGGACAGAAUGAGAGUCUGCCUGAUUACUGUGAUACAUUAUAAUUUCACAAUCCUUCCUAACAAUGAAAUGUUUUUUGUUAUUAUGUAU